AUGGCGAUACCCCCCGGAUGGGAGGAUUCGCAGCCGGAGGCCCCUGUGGUCUUCUUCGACGGAGUAAAGGAUAUCAAAUUCGGGAACGUCGUAAUCAACGUGGGGUUGAAAUACACGAAAUUCGUGUCAAACGUGUGUGAGAAGAUAGGCAAAUCGCCGAGUCAAAUAUCCAUUUUCCUCGUAAAGAACCCGUAUUCUCCGGCACCGGAGGGUCCACUGGUGGUUCCCGCCAAACAAGAUAUCAACUUCGACUUUCUUUGUUUACAGAAUGACAUCAUAUUUCUAGUGGUUUUGAAAAGAAUGGAAUUAAUGUCAAGAAAUCCAUGGGAUAUACCCACCGCAACGAACUUCGUACAUGAACCGGCGCCAGUUUGCCGCUCGUUUUUGGAGGUUCUGAACGCUCCGUUGCCUAGAAGGGUGAAUCGUCCAAGGUUUACUUGGGGUCAUGGUAAUAACCUGGACACAGUUUCGAAUAUAAAAUCUUCAAGAAUGAUGGCGAUCACAAAAGAAAAUAAGAAGGGUUCCUGUAAAGAUUGCAAGAAUGCAAAGCAGAAGGGCGAGAUGGCGGGCUUUGAUCAUCCCUGCGUAGACAAUUUGGAAAUUGUAGGAUUCAGAACGCCAGUAGGCCCCAUGGCCCUUGCAAUGAAUGACCCGGUAAUUUCUUGGUUCAGAAGGCGGUUCGGAACGAUUGCGCGGCCGAAUUAA